GGAGCGCGAGAGUGAGUGAGUGGCUGAGUGAGUUUACCCCUAUGAGGCGGUGAGAGGCCCGGGGCCUACCUCAGAGGAGCGGGGUCGCGGCGCCAGCUAGCAGCGGGCCCCCUCCCGGUCCCCGGGCCCGGCGGCGCGGCGGCAGCUCAGUUGUGAGGAGGCGGGGAAGCGAGUGUCCGGCCCCAGCCAUGGAGGGCAUGGACGUGGACCUGGACCCCGAGCUGAUGCAGAAGUUCAGCUGCCUGGGCACCACCGACAAGGACGUGCUCAUCUCCGAGUUCCAGCGGUUGCUCGGCUUCCAGCUCAACCCGGCCGGCUGCGCCUUCUUCCUGGACAUGACCAACUGGAACCUACAAGCAGCAAUUGGCGCCUAUUAUGACUUUGAGAGCCCAAACAUCAGUGUGCCCUCUAUGUCCUUUGUUGAAGAUGUCACCAUAGGAGAAGGGGAGUCGAUACCUCCUGAUACUCAAUUUAUAAAAACAUGGCGAAUCCAAAAUUCUGGGGCAGAGGCCUGGCCUCCAGGGGUUUGUCUUAAAUAUGUCGGGGGAGACCAAUUUGGACAUGUGAACAUGGUGAUGGUGAGAUCGCUAGAGCCCCAAGAGAUUGCAGAUGUCAGCGUCCAGAUGUGCAGCCCCAGCAGAGCAGGAAUGUAUCAGGGACAGUGGCGGAUGUGCACUGCUACAGGACUCUACUAUGGAGAUGUCAUCUGGGUCAUUCUCAGUGUGGAGGUGGGUGGACUUUUAGGAGUAACGCAGCAGCUGUCAUCUUUUGAAACGGAGUUCAACACACAGCCACAUCGCAAGGUAGAAGGAAACUUCAACCCGUUUGCCUCUCCCCAAAAGAACCGACAAUCAGAUGAAAACAACUUAAAAGACCCUGGGGGUUCCGAGUUCGACUCGAUCAGCAAAAACACAUGGGCUCCUGCUCCUGACCAAACCGAGCAAGAUGAGAAUAGACUCUCACAGAACUCUGUAAAUCUGUCCCCCAGCAGUCACGCAAACAACUUAUCAGUAGUGACUUACAGUAAGGGGCUCCACGGGCCUUACCCCUUCGGCCAGUCUUAAACGGGUGUCAGCAAGAAGAAAAAUUAACAAAAGACAGAAGGCUUGACUCUGGGGGGGAGGGCAAGGGGUUCCUCUGGAUUGCAGACCACAUCGCACGGACCCCUGGCUCUGACCCCCAUCCUGGAAGAAGAGGAAGAAUCAGAAAGACUAGUUUUGAGUAAACUCAGUGUGCGUGUGUGAAUGCCGAGUCGCAGGAGUGGUGUUGAGGCUACCAAGAAGAAAUCCAUGCAGCCAGUUUGGGUUUUGUUUAUUAGGUGUCAGUCUAACAAGUCAUUAGGUUGCUCGGGAAGGAAAAAAAUGUUUAAAAUGGGGGAAAAAAGCCAUCUUUUUAAACAAAAAUUAUUUUGCCUACAGACAGGUUGUAGUUUUGAGCACAUGUUAAUUUUUUCCCCUUUCCCCACUUUUUUUUUUUUUUUU